GUAAAUCUGUACAGUUCAGACUCCAUUUUCUGUCCACAGUGCGCGGGAAGCAGCUGUCCCCUCUCGGCCCGGCACUGAAACUACUUUCACCGCUGAUUUACCUCCAGCCAUAAGAAGAUGAGUGAUUUGGAGGAAGAGUGGGAGAGAGCAGCGUCUCCAGGUCAGACUAAAAGAAAACCUUCAGGCUUCAGUGAAGAACCUGGAUCCUCAGACACAAAAAAGAGAGCAGAGUCUCCAGCAUCCAGCUGUAAUGAACCGGCAUCCUCAGACACAAAAAAGAGAGCAGAGUCUCCAGUGUCCGUGUCAGAGUCUAUAAAGAGUGACUUUUCCAAAGACAAACCUCCAGACUUCAGUAAUGAGCCUGGACCCUCAGACGCAAAAGAGAGAGCUGAGUCUCCAGUGUCCGUGUCAGAAUCUAUGAAGAGUGACUUUUCCAAAGACAAACCUCCAGACCUCAGUAAUAAACCUGGACCCUCAGACACAGAGAGUCUAAUAGAGAGGAAGAGGAGUCAUGUUUCUGUGGAGGAGCAGCUGUCGUAUGAGUGA